AAGCCCCACUCAACAAUGUAAUGUGAUGUGGUAUUGUGCAAAACCGACCGCCUCUUCAGUCUUCCCUCUUCCCUCGCAAACAACCGGCGGCAGAAUAUGGGAGGGAGAGGAAGAUCUCGUACUCAGAGGAAGCACUUCCGUCAGAGCAGGGAGAACGUUUGGAAGCGCUCCAAGUCCGACCAUUCUGAUGCUGCUAAUCUAAUUGAUGCCAGCGCUACUAAUCUAGCCUGGGAGCCCUUUGCUACUCAGAACCAAGCCUUCGAUGAGUAUUACAAAGUACAAGAAAUUGUGCCGCCUCAAGAAUGGGAUGCUUUCAUCGACUACCUGAGGAAGCCGCUGCCUGCUGCCUUCAGGAUCAACUCCAGUAGUCAAUUUUAUGUGGAUAUUCGGUCGCAAUUGGAGAAUGACUUUAUGAAUUCACUUCAAGCAGAGGAUGCUGAUGGAAACGAAGUGGAGGCAAUAAAACCACUGCCAUGGUACCCAGAUAAUCUUGCUUGGCAGUCUAAUUUUUCUCGCAACCAGUUGCGAAAGAAUCAAAUACUUGAGAGGUUUCAUGACUUUCUGAAGCUAGAAAAUGAAAUCGGAAACAUCACAAGACAGGAAGCUGUCAGCAUGGUCCCUCCUCUAUUUCUUGAUGUGCGUCCAGAUCAUUUUGUUCUUGAUAUGUGUGCUGCACCAGGUUCGAAAACGUUUCAGUUACUUGAGAUGAUAUACAAAUUGAUAGAUCCAGGAACUUUACCUAGCGGAAUGGUAAUUGCAAAUGAUCUGGAUGUUCAACGGUGUAAUCUUCUUAUUCAUCAAACAAAACGAAUGUGCACUGCAAAUUUGGUAGUCACUAAUCACGAGGCACAACACUUUCCAAGCUGUCAUUUACAUAGGAAUCGCGCUGGUGAUUCCCAGAGUGGAUAUAUUAAAGAAUCUGGCAUUCGUCAACUUCAAUUUGAUCGUGUCUUGUGUGAUGUACCUUGUAGUGGUGAUGGAACAUUACGCAAGGCACCUGAUAUCUGGAGGAAAUGGAAUGCUGGGAUGGGCAAUGGUCUCCAUGGUUUACAAGUUCAGAUAGCAAUGCGAGGUGCAGCUCUGCUUAAAGUUGGUGGACGGAUGGUAUAUUCUACAUGCUCGAUGAAUCCAGUUGAGAAUGAAGCUGUGGUUGCUGAGGUUUUACGAAGAUCUGGAGGAGCACUUGAGCUCAUUAAUGUUUCUAGUGAACUUCCCCAGCUUGCCCGCAGACCAGGUCUUAAGAAAUGGAAGGUUCGAGAUAAAGGGCUAUGGUUGGCAUCUUAUAAAGAUGUUCCUAAAUAUCGCCGAUCUGUAUUAACUCCUGGUAUGUUUCCUUCUGGAGAACCGGGUGCAGAGACACCUGAUCCUGAAAUUAAACAGUCAUCUGAACAAUUACAUGAGGAUGGCACUGACAACGCUGAAAAUGAGCCCCAGCUGAUGGAUGACUCAGCAACUACAAUGGACAACUUGGAGGCGGAAGUCUCGGAUCUACCUUUAGAGCACUGUAUGCGAAUUGUAUCUCACGAUCAGAAUUCUGGGGCUUUCUUUAUUGCUGUUUUUCACAAGAUUACAUCCCUACCUGCUUCUGCGGCCUCAGUGAAGAAAUUUACUGGUGUUACUAAAGCUACUGAUUCAGGUAGCCCCCAACCUCAAAUACCGAAAACUGAAAUGAAAGAUGCCUUAAAUGGGGAUGAAAUUGGUGAAGAAAAUGUUAACGCCGGAGAAACUCCCAACGGAAAUUCUCUCGACACUGAAAUGGAUGAAGCUCCAUUAGAAGCUGACAAGAAUAAGAUAGAUGAUGAAAAUGCAAAGGAGGAAACUGAACCUCCAACCGAAGCGAAAGUAGUUGAUGCUACCAAAAUUGCUGCCGGGAAAAGGAAGCUGCAGAUCCAGGGAAGAUGGAGAGGUGUAGACCCUGUUAUCUUCUACAAGGAAGAUGCCGUUGUCAAUGGGAUAAUGGAAUUUUAUGGUAUCAAAGAAUCAUUUCCAUUUAAAGGUCAUCUUAUCACUCGAAAUAAUGACAUGAACCAUGUCAAGAGAAUUUACUACGUUUCUGAUUCUGUGAAGGAAGUUCUUGAGUUGAACUUUCUAGCAGGCCAGCAGCUUAAGAUUGCUUCAGUUGGACUCAAAAUGUUUGAACGGCAAACCUCAAAAGAGGGCUCAAAUGCACCCUGUAUAUUCCGAAUAUCAUCUGAAGGACUGCCGCUGAUACUUCCUCAUAUGACGAAGCAAAUCUUACAUUCAUCUGUGGUAGAUUUUAAACAUCUUUUACAGUACAAAACCAUAAAAUUCCAAGAUUUUGUGGACCCUGAGUUUGGAAAGAAGGCUUCGGAGCUAAUGCUAGGUUGCUGUGUGGUUGUCCUGAAAAAAGAAGGCCAAACCUCGUCGGAUGCUCUACCACCACUUGCCAUUAAUUGUUGGAGAGGUAGGACUAAUGUAUCUGUAAUGGUGACGGCCAUCGAUUGCCAGGAGCUCUUGGAAAGGGUGACGGCUCCUCUGUCGACAGACACAGAUGAACCCUCCAAGGGGGAGGCUGAGGCCGAGGCCGAUUCCUCGAUUGCAGAAGGAGGUGUUGAUCAUGGAAAAAUGAAGGACUCUGAAGACGGGAGCAGGAGCAAUGCAAGAGAGACAGCUACACUAGUUUGAACUCAAUCAGCCUCAGGGUACCCAAGAGACAGACUUCUGAUUGAUUUUUAAUUAAUUGCUACCGUUUGCUAUUUUAUUUGUGUUAUUAUUAUAUAUUAUUAUUAUUAUUAGAUAUUUUGUAAUUCGGAGUUUGUAAGAUUGGUUUGGUAGAGAAGAAAGAACAAGUAGGAUGAGGAUGGAUGGAUGGAUGGAUAAUAUAUGGUGGUUAUUAUCGGGGUGCCCUGCCUGCCUUUAGUUGUUAUAUUUCUGUAACGUAUCUUGUUGUGAUGACUAAAAUUACAGCUAUGCAACACUUGGUAGUUUUUUA